AUGGCCCCCCAAAUCAUCCAUCUACCAGACGGACAGAAGUUCACAGUCACACCCGUCUUUGCUGGCCUCUUUUUCAAGUCCCACGACCUCAACACGCACAACAACCCAUUCCCCAUCGGCUGGACCAUUGUGCUCAAAACCGAGGAUGAAAAACUCGACGUGGACCAUGUCGACGGUGAGCAGGGGGAGGAGGACCGCGCCCAUGCCCGCCGGCGACACAUACACAGCUUCAAACAGCCUACACUGCAGAGCGACAGCCUCUUCAUCUCGUCGAUGUCGCAGCCUUCGAGCACCGAGUUCAAGCCCGCCGCCAGCCCAACCCGUCAGAUCGCCAUGAUGCUCUGGAUCACGCUCUACUGGUACUUUCAUCAACCUCAGCCGUCGCCAUACAUGACGACCGAUGCAUCGAGACUGACCCCCGAAGAAGCACGACCCAAGGGCGAGUGGCGCAUCAAUAUCAAGCGUGACGGGGUAUUGCGCGGAAGGAACCUCAUACCAAAGCUGGAGCGCAUGGGCCUGAUUGCGUCCUUGGACUCGGCGGUAGGAACGAACCUCAAGGAUAACGGCGAGGAAUGGUCGCAGAUGUUUGUCUCACGGCGCAUGUUUUGGCAGAUACCAGGCCGGCUUUUCUUGUUCACUCUGCAGCGCACCAGCGCCUCAUCCACAACCCCAGAAUCGCCAGACGGGAGCCGACCUACUUCACCUGCUCGAACCGAGUCUAUCCACUCGAAGCACCACACGCCCGUACACUCACCGCACCAGUCUACGGGGGGCCGUUUCGAUUCUGACCUCCCUGGAGGACCACCGCCCAUGUCCACGGUCACGACACCGAACUUCCCCAUUGGCCCGUUCUAUUCGAGCUCACACCUCCCAACGUACUAUCCACCAGCGCCCUUGAUGUACACGGUCACGAACGGUGUGCGCCAUCCCAUCCGCCGGAAGCCAGGCCGGAUGGGAGAAGUGUUUUACUCCCGCUACAUCCCAAGCGUCGGGCAGUACCUGUCGUUCCGCGUGGCGUCACUUACACAAUAUCCCGUUCCCUACCUCGGACCCGUAGGCCCCAAGCCCGUCGAGAACAGCAACCUCGCCAGCUUGUCUGACACAGCCUUGCUACAGUCCUGGUUGGCGAACCCGCGGGUCAAGAAGUUCUGGGGAGACUACUCGCCAGACUUUUUGAGCAACGCACUCAGCUCCAAGCAUUCGUUCCCCGUGAUCGGCAUGUGGGACGGGGUGCCAUUUGGAUACUUUGAGAUUUACUGGGUCAAGGAGGACAUUCUGGGCCAGAAGCUGGGUAGCGAUGCCGGGGACUACGACCGUGGGAUCCACGUCUUUGUCGGCGAGGAGUGGGCGCGGGGACGGGUGCCGGCGUGGCUGACCAGCUUGGUCCACUGGUGCCUUACCGAUGAUUAUCGCACGAUGAAUGUCUGCUUGGAGCCGCGGAUUGACAAUGCGAGGUGA